AGGCGACCCUCUUCGACGGGGGAUGGAGUGUGAUCUGCGGCCCUGCAGGGCUGAAGACUGCGCGGAGGUCAUGCGGAUGAUAAAGGAGCUGGCAGAGUUUGAGAAGCUCCCAGACCAGGUAGAAAUCAGUGACCAAGUGCUCCGGGAAGACGGUUUCGCCAACGAUCCUUUCUACAGAUGUCUGGUGGCGGAGGUCCCGCCAAAGCACCAGAGUCGAGACGGACACACCGUCGUGGGAUACGGCCUCUAUUUCUUCACCUACAGUACCUGGAAAGGCAGAAACAUCUACAUGGAAGACCUGUACGUCAUGCCUGAGUUCAGAGGUAAAGGCAUUGGCAAGAAGCUUAUGAGUAAAAUUGCAGAGAUUGGCGUGGAGAACAGAUGCUCCCAGAUGAAGUUUACGGUGCUGGACUGGAAUCGAGCGGCCAUCGACUUCUACCAGAGCCACGGGGCGGUGGACCUCACGGCCGCUGAGGGCUGGCACUUCUUUCACCUCAAAGGAGAUGCCCUGAAGCAGCUAGCGCGGGGGCACCAGGGACAAUGACGUGGCCACCAGCCCCUACUCCCCUCCCAGAGCCAGGGAGAGAACCCAGGAGUCUGGGAUCCCAGGCC